CUUUGAACUGCAUCCAGAUCUAUGUGAUAAGUGAGUGCCUCCCAUUGGCCUGAAGUGAUGGGGGUUAUUGAUGAAAUUGGAGAUGCCACGCCUUGGCCAAGCGGAUUUUAUGACAUUGACGCCCUAGGUGAACGUCAAGCACUCCUGAGUUGUAUGCUAUGUCCCCCUGGUACCAAUCCCGAAGCGACCAAACGAGUGCGCCGCUCUUCCCUGAGCAACAAUUGCUUUGAUCGCUUCAUAGUCGAGACCCUACGCGCAGCAUCACAGCCGGCAGCACUUGGUGACUUCCAUACAUCCUGCCCUCGUCAACAUGGUCCUCCCCGGAACAUUUUUUGCACCGCGGAACAGCUCCGGUAGCGACGAGGAGGAGCUCCGGAAGGACCGUGCUGCUUGGAAUCAGAAGCCGGUCGAUGCAGACCUCGAACAGAAGUUGCAGCAGAUUAGCGCAUUUAGGGAACGAUUAGCCCGCGAGAAACGGCUGGGAGCGGUAUCUUCGUCAUCCUUAUCGGCUGCUAAUUCUACGUCAUCGAUCCCCGCCGGGCGAACAACUUUGCAAGCUGGCACGAGGAGGGGAGAGCAACACCAUGAAGAUCGUAGGCGUCGAUCCACUCUGGAUUCAGACCAGGACCAUGGGCUAGAGCACGCGUCCUCUAGCUCCCGACCAACAUCCAAGCUGGAUGUACGGUCCAGCUCGAGCGAACGCCGAGACGCUGAUGUUCGCCCCUCCGCCCCUACGCUCAUGGUGACAUCGUUGUCUCCUCCUGCAGCAGAGGCUCCAAGCUCACCGCCUACACUUGGUGCCCGUCGGCGCUCGUCCAACUUCCAGCUACCGAAGCUUAAGACGAGAGACUUUGCAUUCCACCCAUCCAGUCAACGUUCGACUGCAUUUGGAGAAGCUCAGUGCUCGAAUCCUCUGUCAAUAACACGUACGAUCAGUUUCAAGGAUGCCAAACCUACUCCCAGUCGGUUGCGCGGUUCCAUGGGCCAUAGUCACCAUGAUGAUCAUGCACGCGCGUACAAUGGCCGUGAUGACGAUGACGCGCUGCACACACCGUACAACGCACGAACCCUCCAUGCCAACCUUUCGUCAGCAGGCAUUUCAUCCUCUUCACGCUACCGGCCGCGUGGCAGUGGCAGGGGCACGCUAUCCGCUUGGCCUAGUCAUGCCGACCCGGUUAGCCCGUUUUCCACAGACACGGACGGCGAAUCGACCAUGGACGAAGACGGUGCAGGUGUCGGAACUGGGAAGUUCCACCUUCAUAUUGGAUUCCUCGAGCGACUCCGGGAGAGGCGCAGGCGUUUGCACGAGGAGGAUGAGAGGCAGGUCGCCCAUGCAGCAAAGAUUGCUGCUGUGGGUGCUACCAGCACCAUCGGCGAGAAAGGCAGCGAGCACGGGCCGGGCGGUGAAGAAGGCCGCGCCGUAACUGCCGAAGGAAGAUUGGAGGAAAUAGAAGAGUUCGCGCUCAGAAUAUACCGAAAGACGCCCAUCUUUUCUGGAGUCAUGGCCCCAUUUGCGAUCAUGCUUGAGGUGCCUGGCCUCACGUCGAAAUGGUACGUCCGCACGCCCACACCUGGCAUAAGCGUAGUGUAUCAAGACAACCCGGCGCUUCUUGAUGUCGGGCUGGCGAUUAGCAUGGGAUCUGCCAUCAUUGCAAACAUCUUCAUCAUCCUGCGCUUUCUCGAGCUUUUGCGACCUCGAUUUUCGACGGUUGUCGCGGUUAUCUUUCUCACAUUUCACGAUAUCAUUAAUGUCAUGGCGCUCUCGAUCUUCGGCGUCAUUCAUGCUGUUGGCGAUGGCUUCACCUAUAGCGAGAGCUUUUAUAUGACACUUGGCUCGACUGUGGCCUCCAUCAUGGUGAAUGUCACCCUGAUCAUCGAUUUCAUCUCAACGAAGAACUUCGGCAAUGCGGGAUCUGGCCUGACGCAAAAGCAGAAAGAACUUGUGAUCAUGGCGAUGGUCUUCCUGGUCUACCUCUCACUCGGCAGCCUGCUUUACGCGCUCAUUCUCGGAGACCGCUUCGAGAAUUCUCUUUACUUCGUCUUGUGCACGAUCACUAGUGUUGGCUUUGGUGAUAUGUUGCCCGCAACCCUGGCCUCAAAGAUCAUCCUCUUUUUCUAUGCCCCUGUCGGGAUCGUACUUGUCGCACUCGUCAUCGCCACUGCGCGGCAAACCAUUCUGGAGUCCUUUGAGAAGACGUACAAGAAACGCAGAACAGAGUUCCGGAGACGAUACGAAGACAAGCAACGAGCACGCAAAGACAAUAGACGGCAGAACAAGACAUUACGCUGGUUAUAUCGAGGACGAGGCGCCAAGCCUAUCUCGAGUUCGGGGGGCAUAGGCGGCGGAGAGAAUCAGGAUAGCACUGGGAAAAGCCGAGUAACGCCAGGAUUUUCAUUCAGAGGGAGCCCAGCGUCGCUACGAAAGAAAACCAUGACCCUACUGUCUUCGCCUUUCUUCACCAGGAGAUUCGUCGAAGAGCAGGACAAACAGUAUCAGACAGUUGACAAACAGACACAUACCUCGGAAAGAUCUGAUCCGAGGCCUGGCCACGAGGCUCACAAGUCGACAAAAGCUACUACGCCUUCUAAAUCAAGCUCGGCCGACGAGAAAGAUGUAAGAGGCACCUCGUCGUCGUCAUCAGCGAAGAAGGCAUCGGCCGAAGGCCCCAGCGCGGACAAGGCGGCAGAGGGGACAACGGAAGCACAAGUAAACUUUCAGGUGCUACACACCGAAGCCGAGCAAGCACCAAGAGCUUUUGCCAACUCGACACAGUCCAUGACGCUAGUCGCGACCGAAAAUACUCCCCUUGCCGAGGUAGACACAUCCGUAGAUGGCGUGGACUCCAACGAAGAGGAUAAGGCUGGGGACACAGAACCAGCGCGAGAAGAGGACAAAGAAAUGCAUUCGCACGAUGGUUUUGCUGAAGCAGAGCUUGACGAGAUGGAAAAGGAGCUGAAGAAGCAGCGCGAAGAGCUUGAAGCAAAUUGGAAAGCUUACAAGGCAAAGAUUAUCGAGACAGAGCGCACCGAGUUCUAUGCGAAGCUCUCUGUAGCUGCUUCGCUGUUCUUCUUGUUCUGGACCAUUGGAGCUCUCGUCUUUAUGUUCACUGAAGGCUUUGACUAUUUCACUGCGUUUUACUUCUGCUGGGUGACGAUGAUGACAAUCGGCUAUGGCGAUUUUACUGCGCGCUCACCGCCUGGGAGAGCCUUCUUCAUCAUCUGGAUGCUCUUCGGCAUCGGUAUCCUGACCGUCGUAUUCGCAAUCAUUGGAGACGCCUGGGGGUCAAUGUAUCACAAAACCAUCAUGAAGGGUUCGAAGCGGCAAGCAGUGACAAAAAGCCGCCAACGGCAGAGGCUGCAUAAGCUUGCAAUGUCCAGGCAACACUCCCCCAUGACAGGUUCAGGGCGCGCGCCGAUGACUCCAACGACCUCGACCACUGCGCAUGCCUCGGCCGAUAUCGAAAAGUCGCCUAAAGCUUUAGAAAGUCGCAACACCUUGAUAUCAGCACAGCACUCCGCCCCUGCUUUGCAUCAAAGGCUAGACGAACAUUUGGCUGAACAGCGACUUCAUGCCGGCCACGAGAAUGUACCCGACCAUGAGCUGGAAGGUCUGGCUCUCGGGCUCGCUCGCGCUGGCAUGGCUUUGCAUGAACAUGCUUCUCGUUUCAUGCUGGAACAGCGCCAUUCGCUGCAAGCAGCACUGUCCAAGCUUCCAAAUUGGCAUGACUUUGUGCCGGAGAGGCGCGUGCAAUACAGCAGAGAACAACUGCAUGAAUGUGUCCUCGUGGCCGAGUCGAUCGGCGACCCGACUUCCAUUCAGGCGGCGCAGCAGCUGCUGACGAUGCAUCAGCUCGAAGAACAACUGACGCUAGUCGUCAAGAAUGCACAUGUAAUGACAGACACGCUUUCUCGACAGCAGCAAGAGAUUUCCGACCUGCAGGCAAAGAUGGCAGACAGUGCAGCAGGCUCUGCAUCGAGUCCAUCGACCCCUACAUCAGAUCCAAAUGUCCGAACUCCCCAGGCGGAAGAAACCUCAGAAUUCGUCGCUUGAAAGGGUUCAUGCGCUUUCCAAUGGAUCGACCCUCACCCUCUGCUCGUUGCACCCACCCACCGCCUUCGUUCAGGCUCUGUUAAUUCUCAAGCAAAAAAAAACUCGGAUCGCUUGCAGUUCUUUGUCCGCACUAUGCAUAUAUCGCGUCUCCGUACACCUUUGCGUUGUUUUGUGCAGUCAAUUGUAUUUCACAUGUAUAUGUACUAUGCUCACAAUUCACAUCCUGCCCCUGCC